AUCGUGCAUGCCACCGACCACAGUUUGAAAGCAACCUCCGUCAUGAUCGCGUCAGCUGGCUUCUAGUUGUGCCCCACCUCAUCGGAAACCAGCCGUCCGCGCGCGUGUUUCAGACUUUGCUCGCGGCGGAUUCCCGUUCGAGCCUGUUUUCCGUCCACUUUUCAUCUCUUUAUUUUUGAACGCGUUCCGGUCUCCCGCGAAUUCGAAGAGAAAUCCGGUUCCGAAAAGAUAUUGGAUCGAAGCGAUUCGAUCGAUAUAUAAUUGAUACCAGCGACAUCGGGAAGAUUUCGGAGCGUCCGAUCCGUCGAUCGAUCCAGACAAAUGAAACCGGUUUGAAGAUCACGAGAAACGGGUAUCGAAUCCGAAUGAAAGUGUAUCUGGUGUACGGGUAUCGGUGAGAGAGCUAGUGAACGAUGUGAAGAAGAUCUCUAGGGAAAAUCGAAGGCGAUCGAUCGUGGUUGCCGAAGUGCAACAACCGCGACCUUUUGUUCUCCAGAGAAUCGCGUCGAGGAAUCCGGGAAGAUGAGCGGCAGAAGAAGAGUGUUCAGUGCCCUCGACGGGCUAAAGUGUGAUCGUGCGAUCGUAUGGUCGGUGUUUUUGUGGUGCCUCGUGUUUCUGCCUGGUAACAUCGAGAGUGCACCGCCCGGGAUAUGCGCGAUGGACGGCUGCAACUGCACCGUCAAGGCGCACCGUUGGAUUAACGUCAAGUGUGUCUUCUCCGACGAUCAGGACGUGGAGUUACUGGAGGGAAUCAUUCCACCGGACGCGAUGGAGGUGGAGGUCUCUCAUUGCAGGGAGUUAAGGAUCCAGUCGGGCGCGUUCGGGGAUGGCGCGCCAAUUAAACGGGUUCACGUGUCCGGGAUCUACAGUUUCGUGGCCAAGCAACAGGCCUUUCAGAACUUAAGCGCGCCGAACACGCAUCUCGAGGUAUCCGAGUGCAACAGCGUGAUACUGGAGAGCCACGCGUUCAGAAACUCUCGUGGAACGUUGAGCGUCUCGAUAUCGAAAUGCCGAAGCGUAGGAAUCAAACCUAACGCGUUCUCCAGGCUCUUAUGGAUCACCGUUAGGGAAGUUCCUAGAUUAGAACUGUCCAGCAACGCGUUCAAGCUCGAGGCUUCUCAACACGGCAGACAUGGACCAGCGACCAAGAUUAUGUUCCAAAGGGUGAAGAUCACCGAGCUGCCGACAGCUGUGUUCCCAUCGGCGAUCGCGGAAAUACGCAUGGACGAUAUGUUCGCGAAGGUGAUCCGUAAGAACGCGUUCUGCGCGAUGAACAUCUUCAGCGUGAUCAUCAGCAACGCGUCGAUCCUGGAGAUCGAGACCGGCGCGUUCAGCGACAGGGCGUUAAUCCAACGGCUCGAGUUCGUCGACGUCAGAUUGAAGAGCAUCGAGAGAGGAGCCUUCCGGGCGGGCCACGACAACCUCACGAUACAAUAUUCAAGGCUCACCGACGUCGAAUCCGGUGCCAUCGACAUAUACGCGGCCACGGUCAGCUUUAAUAACAACGAGUUCCUGAAACUGCAUCAGGGCGCGAUUGUACUACACCAGUGGAACCAUAUAGCCAUCGACUACAAUUUGUUCGUCGAGCUGGAGACAGACGCGAUCAUCGCGGACGUGGACGCGACCAGGGCGCCGAAUUUUGAGUUUUCGUUCACGGGGAAUCAUAUAGAGAAAGCGCGGCCGGGGUCGUUGAGGUUCGCCGCGAUCUCCCAACGGGUGAACACCGCGCGCGUCGGUAAUAACUACUUCAAGGAGAUGUGCAGAUGCGGCUUGGAUGAUUGGAUACGCGAGAUGACUGGGAAAAACAGCUCCGUGUCGUGGAUGAUGGACUCGAGUUUCUGCAUGGUCGACCAGAUUCUAGACAGGUGUUUCAAUCUGCCGCAGGGCUACAUGUCGAUGCGAAACUUCACUAAAAUCAUCUGUGCACCUGGCGAUCAUAUCAUUUGUGAGAAAUCGCCGGCCAAACCGGAGCCAAGCGUCAGUCCGCCCAGCGUCGGCCCUCACGUCUAUCCGAGACACAAGGGCUACUAUGACGUGGAGAUGAGCGAUUCGGAACAACUGCAGCGCGAGAAGAGAAUCAUCGUGGUGAUCUGUGUGAUAGCUGUGUUCAUCGUGUUGGUGGUGAUACUGGCAUCAGGAGUUUUGUAUAUGCGUCGCAGCGGCGUGUGUCCGAAGUUAACUUCGGGUCACCUCAUGAAUCUCACCAGCUGGCUGUCUCCUAGCAGUGGAAUGACAGCCGCCACAUCUGCCAGGUCCAUAUCCAGGCUGAGCGUACACGAGUAUGCGGGCCUACAACCGGAAACGCGGAUUCUGGAGGUCGAAACCCAGGCCGAUGCGAUGGAGGAGGAGGAGGAAGGUGCGGACGGAUUGUAUCCAUAUACGGAGAACAAGGCCACGCAAACGUUGCCUGAAGAGCUGACGGAAGAGUACCUGAGAGAUCUAAGAGAAAGGUUGAACGACCCUGAUGACUAUAAUCAGGCGAGGGACAUGAUCGAGCACUUGUACGAUUUGAUCAAAGUAGAGGAGAGUUGCAACAAUAAUAACGACCGGCAGCCACCGGGCAGAGAAGAAAACGCGUAUGAUAUGAUUCAGCCAAGACGAAGAAGGCUCAGAGGCGCGCCCAAGCCUACUGUAACCAUAGGCACCAAAGCACCUUCGUUGGAGAAAUUACUACCAAUUGGAAUACAGCCGAGACCGCCUUUGACCGAAUAUACGGAACCUCGUGAUCGGAGAACGAAUGAACAGAAUCAUUUGUAUGCUGAAUUACCAGGCGAUGAGACUGUACCCAGUACUAGUCGAUUGUCUCAACCCAUCCUGGCGACUUUGGCUGGAAGAGCGCCGCAGCCUCUGCCGCCGGACGUUGUCAACGAUCAUCUAAUCAACGAUCAUUCGAAUCAAGCGUUCGGCAACCUGAAGAGCGACAACGAUCACAGGUUGCCGGAAAGCCCGAGGUUCGAGGCGUUGCGGAACCAGGCCAGACCGAUGAGUUUCUUGAAGGCUCUCGGUGAAAGCAUCCUCGGUGGGUCGAAGGCGAGUAACAAUAAAAGGCCGAACUCGCUGCUCUGUGAGUACGCCGAACCGUCCGACGCGACCGCACACCUAUACUCGGAAUUGCCUGAACCGCAAACUUCGACGCCGGCCAGUAAAAUGGCGAACAGACCUCUGCCCACCAAACCCGACCAAGAUUCCGUCAACAUGGCGAGGGCAUAACGAGCGCCCGUCGCCUAUUGUCUGUGAUAACACUGUACGAGUGCCGAGACUGUGCUACGGUAAAAUCGUGCUUACUCAUUUCUUCCUUUUCCUAAUACAUCAUCGACCAACUAUGAAUUCGUGCCUAGUGUUCGAGUGUCUCAGUCGAGUUUCGCUGAGGUAUGAAUGAAUCGCUGAAAACUGUGCCAGACACGUAAGAAUUCUUUACGAUAUUAGUUUAAGAAGCUUUUGUAAAAAGGGGGAAGAAGUAGAGGGAUUUAAAGAAAGCAUGAAUACUCGUUUUUGAGUUCAACAUGUUGAUUCUUUUCGCUCGCGGUGAAAAGUAUUUGAGCAACGAAAGACGAGUUAUAUUUAAUGACUGCCCGGCAAAACGUGGAUGUAACAUAGUUUCAUAUAUAUAUAUAUUUGCUUCGUCAGGUAUUAUUAAAGGAAGUAUAUUUCACGUUC